AUGAGAACACUGAACACAAUCUGGUCAACCAAUGCCAUCAAACAUGGGACUAUUUCUGAUUAUACACGGCAGAAAAUUGAUCAUGGUUUUCCCAAAGUACAGAACACCCUGAAAUUUUAUGUGGCAUUAUCAAUAGUUAGUAUGAAGCCAAAAAUCACAAGUUGGCUUUCCGCGCUACCCAGGGAGGGUUCCAUAUGGCGUUGUUCUCGGUUCCCACGUAACUUAAAGGGAAACUUUUCACAAUGUCCGGAGACCCUUGAUGUCCUGCAAAUGAAGGAGGGGGACGUCCUCAAAUUCCUUGCAGCAGGAACCCACUUAGGUGGCACCAACCUUGACUUCCAAAUGGAGCAGUACAUCUACAAAAGGAAAAGCGAUGGCAUCUACAUCAUCAAUCUGAAGAGGACCUGGGAGAAGCUUCUGCUGGCAGCCCGGGCCAUUGUUGCCAUCGAAAACCCAGCUGACGUCAGUGUCAUAUCGUCCAGGAAUACUGGCCAGCGAGCUGUGCUGAAGUUUGCUGCUGCCACUGGAGCCACUCCUAUUGCCAGGCGCUUCACUCCUGGAACCUUCACCAACCAGAUCCAGGCAGCCUUCCGGGAGCCAAGACUUCUGGUGGUUACUGACCCCAGGGCUGACCACCAGCCUCUCACAGAGGCGUCUUAUGUUAACCUGCCCACCAUCGCUCUGUGUAACACAGACUCUCCUCUGCGCUAUGUGGACAUUGCCAUCCCUUGCAACAACAAGGGGGCUCACUCAGUGGGUCUGAUGUGGUGGAUGCUGGCCCGGGAAGUACUACGCAUGCGUGGCACCAUCUCCCGUGAACACCCGUGGGAAGUCAUGCCUGAUCUAUACUUCUACAGAGAUCCUGAGGAGAUUGAAAAGGAAGAGCAGGCCGCUGCUGAAAAGGCUGUGACCAAGGAGGAAUUUCAGGGUGAAUGGACUGCUCCUGCUCCUGAGUUCACUGCUGCUCAGCCUGAGGUUGCAGACUGGUCUGAAGGCGUGCAGGUGCCCUCUGUACCCAUUCAGCAAUUUCCUACUGAAGACUGGAGUGCUCAGCCUGGUGGGAUAGGAUGCUAA